GUCAGUUCAGAGUCGCACAAUUAUGAAAAGGCAACCUUCCGCUGGAGCUGCAGCUAGGGCAGAUUUCACCAGCGACAACUGGACUUUCCUUCCAAGGCUAACAGAAAAGAACACCGCCGAUAGAUGGAUAACGACAUCGGAGAAGCUCUUCCUGAGUCUCAACGGUGAAAAGAAUGUCCCAGAAAUCCUGGAUAGAAAGCACUUUCACCAAGAGGGAAUGUGUCCACAUACUUCCAGUGUCGAAAGACCCCCACAGAUGCCUUCCAGGAUGUCAGAUCUGCCAGCAGUUGGUGAGAUGCUGCUGUGGUCGGCUGGUACGGCAGCAUGCUGGGUUUACAGCCAGCCUGGCCAUGAAGUACUCAGACGUGAACUUGGGUGGGGGGGCAGAGGGUGGGGUGCAGCCGGAGUUGGAGGAGUGGGCUGUGGACAAACACACACAGGAGAGCCCUACAGACGCUUACGGCAUCGUUAACUUCCAGGGAGGGUCGCACUCUUACAGAGCCAAGUAUGUGCGUCUGUCCCAUGACAGCAGGCCAGAGAGCAUCCUGAGGCUGAUGCUGAAUGAGUGGCAGAUGGAGCUUCCUAAGAUCCUCAUCUCUGUCCACGGAGGCAUCCAGAACUUUGACCUGCACCCCCGAAUCAAACAGGUGGUGGGGAAGGGCCUGAUCAAAGCUGCUGUCACCACCGGGGCAUGGAUCCUGACAGGAGGGGUUAACACAGGUGUUGCCAAACAUGUGGGUGAUGCGUUGAAGGAACACUGUUCUAGAUCGUCAAGGAAGAUCUGUACAAUUGGAGUCGCUCCCUGGGGCGUCAUUGAGAACCGCAAUGACCUCAUCGGGAGAGACGUUGUAGCCCCCUACCAGACGUUGCUGAACCCCCUGUCCAAGCUCAACGUGUUGAACAACCUCCACUCCCACUUCCUGCUGGUGGAUGAUGGGACGGUGGGGAAGUACGGAGCUGAGGUCCAACUACGCCGCGAGCUGGAAAAACACAUCAAACUGCAGAGGAUACACGCACGAAUUGGUCAGGGUGUUCCUGUGGUAGCGUUGAUAUUUGAGGGGGGUCCCAACGUAAUUCUGACAGUGUUGGAGUACCUUCAGGAGACUCCACCUGUUCCUGUGGUGGUCUGUGAGGGGACUGGGCGUGCUGCUGACAUGCUGGCCUAUGUCCACAAACAGACUGAGGAGGGGGGGGGUCUACCUGACGGUGUGGAGAUAGAAAUCAUCGCUACGAUCAAAAAGACGUUCAACUUCAGCCACAGCGAUGCUAUACACCUCUUCCAGACCCUUAUGGAAUGUAUGAAGAGCAAAGAACUGAUCACUGUGUUUCAUAUCGGCUCUGAGGACCACCAGGAUAUCGAUGUGGCCAUACUGAGGGCAUUACUGAAAGGCACCAAUGAGUCUGCAUUUGACCAGCUGGUUCUGACUCUGGCCUGGGACCGGGUGGACAUCGCCAAGAACCAUGUGUUUGUCUAUGGACAGCAGCUACUGGUGGGUUCGUUGGAGCAGGCCAUGCUGGAUGCCUUAGUGAUGGACCGUGUGGAGUUUGUGAAGCUCCUGAUUGAGAAUGGAGUUAGCAUGCACAGGUUCCUUACCAUCACACGGCUGGAGGAGCUAUACAACACGAAACAGUCCCCUACCAAUCCCACGCUCUUCAACCUCGUAAGGGAUGUCAAACAGGGUAAUCUCCCCCCUAACUACAAGAUGACCUUAAUUGACAUUGGCCUGGUGAUAGAGUACCUGAUGGGCGGGACUUACAGGUGCAACUACACCAGGAAACGCUUCAGGAUCAUCUACAACAAUCUCCAUGGCAACAGCAGGAGGUCAGGUCGCCACUCUGCAGGGCCUGGGUCCCACCUGAGGAAGAGCCAAGAGUCGUUCAGUAUCCAGGCCGACAAGAAGGAGAAGACCAGGCACAACCACUUCAUCAAGACUGCACAGCCAUACAAACCCAAGUUGGAGUCGGCGACAGACCAGUCCAAGAAAAAAGCCAAGGAGGAGAUUGUUGACAUCGAUGACCCAGAGACACGCAGGUUCCCGUACCCGUUCAAUGAGCUGCUGAUGUGGGCCGUCCUGAUGAAUAGGCAGAAGAUGUCUCUGUUCUUCUGGCAGCAUGGGGAGGAAAGCAUGGCCAAGGCCCUGGUGGCCUGUAAACUCUGUCGCUCCAUGGGCUAUGAGGCCAAGAAGAGUGACGUGGUCGACGACACCUCCCAGGAACUCAAGGACUACUCCAAUGAAUUUGGCACCCUAGCAGUGGACCUCCUGGAGCAGUCAUUCAGACAGGAUGAAACCAUGGCGAUGAAACUGCUGACCUACGAACUGAAGAACUGGAGUAACAGCACCUGUCUGAAGCUGGCCGUGUCGUCGCGGUUACGACCCUUUGUGGCUCACACCUGUACCCAACUGCUGCUGUCAGACAUGUGGAUGGGACGACUCAACAUGAGGAAGAACUCCUGGUACAAGGUGAUCCUCAGUAUCCUGGUGCCUCCUGCAAUCCUCCUGUUGGAGUACAAGACAAAGGCAGAGAUGUCCCACAUCCCUCAGAGUCAGGACGCCCAUCAGAUGACCAUGGAGGACAGCGAACACAACUUCCAUAACACCACCGACAACAUACAGAUGGAUGUGUUCCAGGAGGCGAAGGCGGAUGACAACGUGGAGGUGAAGGAUGAGGCGGAGACACAGGUCCGCUCCCGAAGACUUCCUCUAACCAGGAAGUUCUACGCCUUCUACCACGCCCCCAUCGUCAAAUUCUGGUUCAACACGCUGGCGUACCUGGGUUUUCUGAUGCUUUACUCGUUUGUCGUUCUGGUCCGGAUGCCCGAGUUUCCGUCUCCUCAAGAGUGGGUGGUCAUCCUCUACAUAUUUACCUCCGCCAUUGAGAAGAUACGAGAGAUGUUUAUGUCUGAAGCUGGGAAGAUUAGCCAGAAGGUUAAAGUCUGGUUCAGUGACUAUUUUAACCUCUCAGACUUCCUGGCUAUUGUCACCUUCUUUGUGGGCUUUGGAUUGAGGAUCGGAGGAGAGGAUGUGCUUGUCCCAGGCCGGACUGUGUAUUGCUUGAAUAUCAUCUUCUGGUACGUGAGACUCCUAGAUAUUCUGGCAGUCAACCAGCAAGCAGGACCGUAUGUGAUGAUGAUCGGUAAAAUGGUGGCCAAUAUGUUUUAUAUUGUGGUGAUCAUGGCGGUGGUGUUGUUGAGUUAUGGCGUGCCGCGGAAAGCCAUCCUGUACCCAAAUGAGGAGCCCAGUUGGACGCUGCUCAAAGAUGUGGUCUUCCAGCCGUACUGGAUGAUGUACGGGGAAGUGUAUGCGUAUGAAAUUGACGUGUGUGCCAAUAAUACUGAUACGAAUGUGAAAUCCCUGUGCUCCACUUCAGUGUGGAUCACUCCUUUCCUACAAGCAGUCUACCUCUUUGUCCAAUACAUAUUGAUAGUUAACCUUCUCAUCGCCUUCUUCAAUAAUGUGUACCUCCAAGUGAUGUCAAUCAGUAAUCUGGUAUGGAAGUACCAGAGGUAUCAUUUCGUCAUGGCCUACCAUGAGAAGCCAGUCCUCCCUCCUCCCCUCAUCCUCCUCUCCCACCUAGUCUCUUUCUUCUCCUGCAUCUGUCACAAGAGGAAGAAGGACAGUCACUCUUACGGACCAAAGUUGUUUCUAACGGAGGAGGAUCAGAAGAAGCUCCAUGACUUUGAGGAGCAGUGUGUGGAGACGUACUUCCAUGAGAAAAACGACCAGUUCCACUCAGGGAGCGAUGAGCGCAUCCGCCUCACAUCAGACAGGGUUGAGACCAUGUGUAUCCAGCUGAAGGAGGUCGGUAAUAGAGUGAACUUCAUCAAGCGUUCCCUCCACACGCUGGACUCUCAGAUCGGCCACCUUCAGGACCUGUCAGCUCUGACCGUGGACACCCUGAAGACCCUGACCGCCCAGAGGGCCUCUGAAGCCAGCAAGGUCCACAACCAGAUCACCAGGGAGCUCAGUCUGUCCAAAAACUUUGCCCCCAGUCUGGCCCCCACCCCCCAGGACCCUACCCCCCAAUCCAAGGGGGUAAAACGCAGCGUGGGCGCCUACUUCGGUUCCUCCUUCCCCCAGGUGUCCGGGGUGGUGGUGGGGGGCAACAUGGCUGAUUCUCUGUUUGGGAGUGGGGUGGACCCAAACCCGCCACUGACGCUCAGUCCCCCAGAGCGGAGAGGAGACUGGGCUGGGCUGGGGCACCAAGCUACUGCUGCUAUAGAGGCUGGAUCCUCCACGGGUGGCAGUGCUAGUCACAGUGCCUUCUCCCUCUGCCCAGCUCCGGCGCCCCCUACUGUCAGUCCUCCAGAGCUGCGGCUACGCGGCCACUCCUUCACCCAGUGGCAGCUGACCCGUCCAGUGCAGGUGGGCAUCUCCGACUGCCCCUCCAGCCUGCCCAGCGUGCCCUCUGCUAGGGCUGCUUUCUACGUCAGCUCUACCCCCUCCCAGCCCUCGGUCUCCAGCCACCCAGAACUCAGCCUGGCUGGGCCAGACAAAGACAGAACCUCUGCUUCCACCUCUGCCUUUGCUGUAGAAUUUGGUGCGUUUGUUGGUCAUAAAGACAACCUUCACCUGGACCUGCAGCGCUCCUUCCCCAGAGACAUCUCCUCCAGACAGCUCAGCCCAGCCACGCAGCCCAGGGAACAGGGUCAUCCUGAAGGCCAAGGUAAUAUGAGGACGGUCAACUCAUAUGCUGGCUUCACUGAGUUUGACCGGAGUCCCUCCUUCCUCCAUCCAGACUCCUCUCUCAGUAAGCGAGAGAGGAGCGGCGUGUCAGCGGAAGACAUCCUCAUCCACGAAGACCCCAGAGCUGCACUACUACUGGAGAGGGCUCAGGUCAAGACAGCUCAGGCCAGUAGUCUCAGGGCACCAGGGGAGGACUCAGGUAUAAAUGCUGCAUCAUGUCUCUACAGACACGCCCAUCUGGGGAGCAGGAAGGAUUCAAUUGGUUCCCCUUUCAAGCCAAUGGAAAGCUACCAAUACUCGGCUGUGGAGCGUAACAACCUGAUGAGGCUGUCUCAGAGCAUCCCCUUCACCCCAGUGCCCCCUAGAGGUGAGCCAGUAACAGUGUAUCGUCUGGAGGAGAGUUCUCCCAACACCAUCAACAACAGCAUGUCCUCCUGGGCUCACAAAGGUCUCUGUGCCAAGAUAGAGUUCCUCAGUAAGGAGGAGAUGGGAGGGGGGCUGCGACGUGCACUCAAGGUGCUGUGUACGUGGUCGGAGUAUGACAUUCUGAAGCCAGGUCACCUGUAUAUCGUUAAGUCCUUCCUACCAGAGGUGGUCCAGACCUGGCAGAGCAUCUACAAGGAGGACACUGUACUGCUGCUCUGUCUCAGGGAAAUUCAACAGCAGAGAGCUGCUCAGAAACUGACAUUUGCCUUCAACCAAAUGAGGCCCAAGACAAUCCCUUACUCUCCCAGGUUUCUGGAGGUGUUUCUGUUGUACUGUCACUCAGCAGGCCAAUGGUUCGCUAUAGAGGAGUGUAUUACUGGAGAGUUCAGGAAGUUUAACAAUAACAACGGGGACGAGAUUGUCCCAACCAACCUUCUGGAGGAGACCAUGCUGGCCUUCAGCCACUGGACAUAUGAGUACACCCGGGGAGAGCUGUUAGUGCUGGACCUACAAGGAGUGGGGGAGAUUCUGACUGAUCCGUCUGUCAUAAAGAGUGGAGAGAAGGGGUCAUAUGACAUGAUAUUUGGUCCUGCCAACCUGGGAGACGACGCCAUCAGAAACUUCCGGGCCAAACACCACUGCAACUCUUGCUGCAGGAAACUCAAACUUCCCGAUCUGAAGCGGAACGAGUACACGCCGGACAAACUGAUGCUGCCUCAGGACGAAUCACACGACCCCGGAAGCGGGACCCGCCAUUCAAUGAGGCUCAUGCUCUGAUCCUAUAGGACACAGCCAGAGAGAAGAGGCCGGUGCUGUUAUUCUAUUGGCCAAUGCCAGAGAGGACAAAGGAAAAACUAGUGUGCACACCUCAUGGCUAGAAGGGAUCCAGCUUUUGUCAAAUUAGCAUCAGAUUUGACCUUUGGUAGCAGGUUGGGAGGACUUAAUGCAGCAGGUUAGGAGAAUGAUGUUAAUGUUAGGAAAAGAUUUAGGAUUAGCGACAAAAAAAAUAUAUACUUUUUACAUUAAUUUGACAAAAGCUGGAUAAGGUGGGUCUAGCCAUGACCCAUCUCAUCCAAUCAACUGGAAGAGCCACGCCUGUGUUUCCAUGGAGACCCAUGUAUGCAUGCAGAACUGUGUUACUUUUGUAUCUGUCCAACCAAUGCCAAUCAGCAACCAACAUGAUUAUUCAAAAAAUGUGUAAAUGGGGAACAAAACUUUUUAAAUGUUUUUUUACUACAAGUUUAUAUGGUGUGUGUGUGUGUGUGUGUGUGUGUGUGUGUGUGUAUAUAUAUAUCUAUAUAAAUAUAAAUGGCUAUCAACAGGUACAAUAUCAUUGCAUAAAGAGACCAGUACUUAUUCUGAACUAUGAAAAGUUGCCUUGUAUAAACUAAAGUGCAUUGUCUGUCUGUAGUGCAGGACUGUAAGGGUCAACCUGCUGAGAUACAAUUUGCAACACUUUAUACAGAAUGUCACCAGAUACUUUUUUUAUAAAUGUAAAAUACAUGUAUUAUUAUGGAAUUAGUGGUUCAUAUUUAAUGAGAAGACACAUGAAUUUGAAAAUCUUGUAAAAUAUGGGCAGAUUGCAAUGCAACUUUUACAGUACAUAUAUGUACUAAUUGUGUUGAACUCUUCUGAAAUGUGUCCACUGAUUAUUUCUGAUAGUUUUUAAAUGUUACAAUGCUGGUACUAUUAUUGUUAUUUCUUUGUCAUCACGCAAAUACCAAUCUAGUGUAUCUUAUAGAUACUUAUAUCUGCUACUGAGCAGAAGCAGAUGCUGUUUUAUUCAGGGGCGUGUAAGGGUCUAUAACUCUAUACAUGUUCUACUGUAUAACAUUUUAAACUAAUAAAAUGACAGUUAUGUCCCA